GCGGGCUAUCUGGUGAAAGUGCGGCUUGCGAUUGGACACAGCACCUGCCAGUCCAAGGUGGCGGGGCCUUGGGCCGGAGGAAGACGGAAGCGGGUGAUGCGGGGAGGCAAUAUGGAGGAGACGGCCGAAGAGAGAGCCAACCUGGCCAGGGUGCGGCACAUCGUGCUGGUGCUGUCGGGGAAGGGCGGCGUUGGGAAGAGCACCCUCUCCACCGAGCUGGCCCUGGCGCUGCGGCACGCCGGGAAGAGGGUGGGGAUCCUGGACGUGGACCUGUGUGGCCCCAGCAUCCCACGUAUGCUGAGGGUGCAGGACAGUGCUGUGCACCAGUGUGACAGCGGCUGGGUCCCUGUCUUCGUGGGCCAGGACAAGGCCAUCGCCCUCAUGUCCAUCGGCUUCCUGCUGGAGCGGCCCGACGACGCUGUGGUGUGGAGGGGACCCAAGAAAAACGCUUUGAUCAAACAGUUUGUCAGCGACGUGGCCUGGGGGGAGCUGGAUUUCCUCAUCGUGGACACGCCACCGGGCACGUCCGACGAGCACAUCUCCACCGUGGAGGCCUUGAGGCCCCACCAGCUGCUCGGGGCAGUCCUGGUCACAACACCUCAGGCCGUGUCCGUGGGGGAUGUGAGGCGGGAGCUGACAUUCUGCAGGAAGGCAGGACUGCACAUCCUCGGCAUCGUGGAGAACAUGAGCGGCUUCGUGUGCCCCCACUGCUCUGAAUGCACAAACAUCUUCUCCAAAGGGGGAGGCGAGGAGCUGGCCAAGCACGCUGGGGUGCCCUUCCUGGGCUGCGUCCCCCUGGACCCCCAGCUCAGCCAGAGCUUGGAAGAAGGCAGAGACUUCAUCCAGGAGUUUCCCAAGAGCUCUGCCUUCCCUGCCUUGACUCACAUUGCCCAGCAGAUCUUGGAUACAUCGCAGAGGAGCUCCUGAGGAGGCUGUGGAGCUGGACUGGUGCCAGCCUGGCAGCCCCAGCAGUGGGGAGGGUAUGCAGGAACUGUUCAACUCCAACUGGGGUGUGAGGGGGGAGCACCGAUUCCUGCUGCUGCUGCUGGCAGUCCCAGAGGGAAGAAGCCACAUCCCCUCAGAUUCAAAGAGACUCUGGAGCUGCAGUGUCCAGUGCUGUUCUUCCCUGAGCAUUCCCACAUAGUUCUGAUCACCUGGAUCAUGGCUCCAUGUGCUGCCGCCUUCUCCUGCUGCCCCUGCCUGAUGGAUCACGCAGGGCUUGCCUCAGUGGCUGGCUGGUGCUGGGUGCUCCCAUGUGGAGCCAGGCCCGGUCCUGACCUCAGAAUUCUCAGCUCAUUGGUUCCUGAUGGACCAUGAGGGCAUAGCACAGCCUGGGCUGGGCUGAGGAAGCCCCUUCAGGAGCUGUCUGGGAGCUGCAUCCCAUCGUGCUGGGAAGGAGCCCUCGGGCCUGCCGAGCUUCUGUGACUCAGGAAUAUUUUUCAAGGCUCCAGGCAGUAAAACCUUUUCUUUAAAUGCA